GGCGGGGGGCGCAGUGCCGGUGCUCCCGCCGCCCCCGGUGCUCCCGCCGCCCCCGGUGCUCCCGCUGCCCCGCGCCCCGCCACCGCCACCAUGGAGGCCAUCAAGAAGAAGAUGCAGAUGCUGAAACUGGACAAGGAGAACGCCAUCGACCGCGCCGAGCAGGCGGAGGCCGACAAGAAGCAGGCGGAGGACCGCUGCAAGCAGCUGGAGGAGGAACAGCAGGGCCUGCAGAAGAAGCUGAAGGGCACGGAGGAUGAGGUGGAGAAGUACUCUGAGAACGUGAAGGAGGCCCAGGAGAAGCUGGAGCAGGCUGAGAAGAAAGCUACAGACGCUGAGGCUGAAGUGGCUUCUCUGAACCGCCGUAUCCAGCUGGUGGAGGAGGAGCUGGACCGAGCCCAGGAGCGCCUGGCCACCGCCCUGCAGAAGCUGGAGGAGGCUGAGAAGGCGGCUGAUGAGAGCGAGAGAGGCAUGAAGGUCAUCGAAAACAGGGCCAUGAAAGAUGAGGAGAAGAUGGAGCUCCAGGAAAUGCAGCUGAAAGAGGCAAAGCACAUAGCAGAGGAGGCUGACCGCAAAUACGAGGAGGUCGCCCGCAAGCUGGUGGUCCUUGAGGGAGAGCUGGAGCGCUCGGAGGAGAGGGCAGAGGUGGCGGAGAGUAAAUGUGGUGACCUAGAGGAGGAGCUGAAAAUUGUCACCAACAACUUGAAGUCCCUGGAGGCCCAGGCUGACAAGUAUUCCACCAAGGAGGACAAAUAUGAGGAAGAAAUCAAGCUUCUAGGGGAAAAACUGAAGGAGGCUGAGACCCGGGCGGAGUUUGCAGAGAGGUCUGUGGCUAAGCUGGAGAAAACCAUCGAUGAUCUAGAAGACGAAGUGUAUGCGCAGAAGAUGAAGUACAAAGCCAUCAGCGAAGAGCUGGACAAUGCACUUAACGACAUCACCUCCCUCUGAGCCCCCCCGCCGGGCACCAGCACUGCACCCCUUACCGACCCCCCCCCCCACCCUCGCCUGCCUCUCCCUUCCCCAGCUCGCCCACUUGCCUGCCCGCCCGUCCCACCACUCUCCCUGCCCACUCUGUCCUCCUCUGUCCUUCCUAGCCCUUGCCUCUCCAUCGGCUCCUUUGGGACGGGAGCUGGCCCAGGGUGUUCCCAAAAUACCCCUCUUUGUGGGGUGACGAUGUGUAUAGCAGGGCAGGACAAACCCCCCCGUGCCGGGCCAACAGUGCCCGUGCGGUUGCAGGUCCGUGCCCCAGCACUGCCCAGUGGGGAACAGGGCUGUUCCCAGGAGCUCCCUCCUCAGCUCCCCAUCAGCAGAAGCACCGGGGAUCCUGCAGCUCCAGGUUUGGGGGCCUGCCUGCAUCCCCCUGGCAAAGCCCCCCCAGUGCUGCUUGUGGGGCCCAGGGUGGGGAGGACCCCCACAGAGGGGACGUGGCACCUCCACUGCCAAAGCUCAGGCUCCGGGGAUGGAGGGUUGUGUCUGGCUGUGCAGGCAGCCCUAUCCCAGGCAGGCAAGCAGGCAGCCCCGACACCCCCCCGCUCCUCCCUCGCCCCUGCCUCCUUUCUGUCCUCUGCACAUUGCUCUUCAGUUUGCAUUUCAUGACUUUUCUUUUAUGUCCUGUCCCUCUGGGUUACCGAGUUGGUCUCAAUAAAGCAUUUUCUUUCCUUG